CGUGUAUAAAGUGGGCCCCUUGUGGCCUAUAAAAAGAAAUAGUCAGAGGCUGAAGAUCCUAGAGCCAUCAAACUAACAAAUCUAAUGAAAAGUCCACAUCUUAGCAAGGAAAAAAUGAAGUCCAUCUUUGCUUCCUUCAUACUCUUUUCUCUUCUUCUGGUUGCUGACCUCUCUUAUGCAAGAAAAGACUUGGGAGGUUAUUGGAAGAAUAUGAUGAAUGACCAACCUAUGCCUGAAGCAAUCAAAGAACUUGUUCAAAAUCAAGAGGUGUCAGAUGACUUUAUUAGAGACUUUGAUGUAAAGCCUAAUGUCAUAUUAUAUCACACACAUGUUGAAUCCAAGAAGAAGAAAGAACAUGUCUUUGUGAAAAACUCUCAACAAGAGCUUCAUGGAACAUGAAAACAUGGUUGGACAUGUGUAUUUAAUAAUAUCUUAUAUGGAAAAAAUAUUAGUAUUUAAGGUUUAUUUUGUAGGGAGUUAUUGAUGUUUCUAAAGUUGUAUUUUUGUUGAUGGUUUUGACCUUUUUAUCUAUAGAUGUAUUUUUAUGGUUAUGCUGUUUUUUGCUGCAUCUAUUUUUGGGUCUUGCAUAAUUUUUAACCAAUAGAUUUGAUUGAUGUAUCUAGUGUGGAUUGAUUGCUCUUAAUAAAUUCUUAGCACAAUAUUUUCUCUCCA